AUGAAGCUCCAAUGGAUUUUGGGCCUCUUGGCAACCGCCUGCACCGUCGUCGCAGCCCCCUCUGCUAAUCAUUCCCUCGGUAUUCCCCCUCUUGGUCUUGACAAUCGUGCCAUUGGUCCUGCCAUCCCUUCCCUCCCGGAUAGCGGCGAUAGGUGUGAUUCCCAGCCACAGCCUGAGCCGCGAUUUUACAACUCUGUCACGAAAGGUUUCUAUGUCAACGGCACCACUCUCCCUGAGAUCAACUUUGAUGUGGGCGAAUCGUACGCUGGUAAUCUCCCUGUUAGCACCAAGCCCGGCGAGAGUGAUGAGCUCUUCUUUUGGUUCUUUCCGACAGCCAACAAGGAGCACCAGAAUGACAAAGAAAUUGUCAUCUGGCUCAGUGGCGGCCCCGGAUGCUCGUCCAUGUUGGCUAUACUUCAGGAAAAUGGUCCCUUCUCAUGGCAACCCGGGACAUUGAAGCCCACCCCCAAUCCCUUCAGUUGGCACCUCCUCUCCAACGUCGUUUGGAUCGAUCAGCCUGUCGGCACGGGUUAUUCCAAGGGCGAGCCCAGCAUCAAAGACGAAGACGAGCUGGCCGAGCAAUUCAUGGGUUUCUGGCGCAAUUUUGUUGACACCUUUGGCAUGCACGGUUGGAAAGUCUACAUCGCAGGAGAAUCUUAUGCCGGCAUGUACGGCCCAUACAUCUCCAGCCAUUUUAUCGACGCAAAGGACCCAGAAUAUUACAACAUGCGGGGGUUGCUUGUUUACGAUGGAGUCAUGUUUGACUCGAUUGCGCAGAGCAGCAUCCCAAUCCUGCCGUUCAUCAACCGCUAUCAGGAUAUACUUCCUUUUGAUGACCUUCAGUUGUCUAAGUUCCGUGGUAUCCAUGAAGAUUGCGGCUUCACCGAUUACUUUGACAAAUAUCUUGUCUUCCCCCCCUCGGGAAUACAGCCUGGCCUCAUUCCGGGCGCCAACAACGAAACCUGCUCUAAUUUAUGGGAUACAGUGCGUAAUAUGGCUUGGAUGGCGAACCCUUGUUUCAACACGUACAAUAUCAUCGACUACUGCCCCUUUGUUAACAGCGUAGGUGCUAAUCCUGUCAACAACACCAACGGAAGUGUCCCCUAUUUUGACCGCCGCGAAGUCAAGAUUGCCAUUCAUGCCUCUCCUUCAACAGAUUGGGUCCCGUGCGCCACUAAGUCUGUCUUCUUGACCAACGACAGCAAGGAACAAUCUUCUGUCCCCCCAGGACUCAAGCAGCUCCCGAAUGUCAUCGACACAACCCAAAAUGUCAUCCUCGCCGCAGGUGGUGUCGAUAUAUUGGUUCCCUUGAACGGAAUAGUGCUGGGGAUUCAAAACAUGACGUGGGGUGGCAGGCUGGGCUUCCAAUAUCAACCGCAGGACCCAUUCUACGUACCAGACUACGGAAUCACACGCAUUCCGGGUGGUUUCACUGGAUAUGGCUCCAACCUACCAGCAUCGCAUGGCGUUCUGGGCACAACCCAUCAUGAACGAGGUCUCACACUCGUAGCGACAAAACUGGCCGGACACCAAGGACCCGAAUUCGCACCUGCGGCUGCGUUCCGCCACAUAGAGAAGUUGCUGGGAAGAGUGAAGAGCCUAAGCAACACAGAGUCAUUUACUCUUCCAGGGUUACGAAACAUCUCUCAGCCAGCUAGCACGACUUUGGGCAAGGGUACCAUGCCGAUCCCCUAG